UUUAGAAAUUGACGGCCAUUGUUGAUUCUUCCCCUGAACCGGAAGGGGUCAUUCUGUAGUAAAAAGUUGUGAAGAUGGGCUUGUCGGAGGACGGGGAAGAUGCCGUAGAGCGGCGAUUUGAAGAAAUAUGUCUGGAUUUGAACAUGGAUAAGCAUCCACGGGAAGAAUCGUGGAAUAACUAUCGAAAGAUUCGUGAAAAUUAUACACUGGAAGGAGAUCAGCUACACUGGCUGGCAUGUGCGCUGUACGAGGCUUGCAGACGCAGCGUGGUGCCGACUGUAGGGAAGGGGACGAUAGAGGGCAACUGUGUCUCCCUAACUAGGCUGCUUCGCUCGGCUGGAAGAUUCAGUUUAAUCCAGUUUUUCAACAAAAUGAGGAAAUGGUCUGAUAUGGCCAACCUUCCACAGGAAUUCAGAGAUAAAGUGAACAGACUGGAAAGAAAUUUUGCAGUGUCUACUGUGAUCUUCAAAAAGUUUGAACCUAUCUUCCUGGAUAUCUUCAGAAGUCCCUUGGAUGAACCACCAAAGCAGAACAGAAGUAGGAAGCAGAGGCGGCUUCCUUGUUCCUCAACAGAUGUGUUUAACUUUUGUUGGACGAUGUUUGUGCAAGUCAAAGGAAAUUUUCCAGCUAUUAGUGAUGAUCUGGUCAACUCUUAUCACCUACUACUGGCCUGUGUAGACUGGUUUUAUGCCAAUGCUCUUCUGGGAGGCAGGAAAGAUUUACUGAAUACAGAAUUUGCUGGUUUACCAGACAAUUACCACAACAAAGACUGGAAACCCCCGACAGAACCCCCCUGUAUAAUCAAACUGCUGUGUGAGAAACACGAGGGGCUGGAACUGGAGGCCAAGGUUAUUAAGGAACACUGGUGGAAACCCCACAUUCGUAAAUUGUUUGAUAAGAAGGUACUGAAGGGAAAACCAGACACUUUAUCAGCAAUAUUGGAAAUAGGAAACUUUGAAGCAAACAGUAUUGCUAUCAACCAAAGUUAUGAAGAGUUUCCUUUACGAUAUAGCAGUAAAACGAUAAACAAUCGGUACGAAGAGUAUGUUCUGAGUGUUGGAGACUUUGACGAGCGAAUAUUCUUGGGGGAUGAUGCCGAUGAGGAGAUCGGCACACCUGCUAAGGCCUCGGAGGAGGUCACGGGAGAGUUUUCUGACAGGAUGAACAUUAAGAAUAAUCUACAGCAACAUUUUGAAGAAACGAGAAGUCUGGCCCCACUCACCCCUCUCACUGGCAGACGAUACCUGAAGGAGAAAGAUCACAGUAUUACUCCAGUGUCCACCGCCACUCAGAGCGUCGGCCGACUCCAGCAUCUCUUGUCAGGACGUAAAACUGGACCCAGCGAAGAGCUAUUACAACUGUUUCAAGAAUGCAAAAAAGAUCCCAACGAAUCCAUUAUUCCUCGGUUAAAAGAAAUGGGUGAUAUUUUCUGCAGUCAUUAUGUCCAGGCAACAGAGGACCACCCUGGUGCACACAUUGACUUUGCCAAACGUCGUCUCCAGCUGGGGGAGAGUUUGUACUUCAAGACACUGGAGAGUGUCAUCAUGUCCGAGAAAAAACGCAGGCAAGGCAGCAAAGAAGGCAUGGCAGCUAUCACUGCAUUGCUGGAGCAGGAUAUGUUUCACAGAUCUCUAAUUGCUUGCUGCUUAGAAGUUGUUAUAUUCUCGUACAACUCUCAGAGGAUGUUUCCAUGGAUAGUGGAGAUAUUUGAACUGAAUGCCUACCACUUCUACAAGGUUGUGGAGAUCAUCAUCAGGGCAGAGGAAGGGCUGUCACGGGACAUGGUCAAACAUCUUAAUCAUAUCGAAGAAAGCAUUUUGGAGUGCCAUGCUUGGAAGAAUGAAUCACCUCUCUGGGACACCAUCAAAGAUCAGAAUAGCACAGUACCAGCAUGUGAAGAGGUGAUUUUACCAAGCCAGCUGGAAUCUGUACAAGUCAACUCUCCAAUGGUGCAUCCGGCUGUAAAAAGACUGGUGGACGAGGGGCGCAGUGGACAACAGCAGCAGCAGCAGCAGCAACAACCGGUAACAACUAUAAGAGAAUCUCUGCCCUCUCCUCCUGGAGCCACUACGAUGGCGAGUGAUCGGUUUAGCUCCCCCUCCCCGGGAAGUGCCAAGAGGCGUCUUUUUAUUACGAAGCACGCCGUCACCAGCCAAGGUGAUGGGGAGAAGUCAGAGACCACCACAACCGUCACCACUUCCACCUCAUCUACAGUGCCUACACAGAUCAUAGCAUUCCAGCAAGCACAGACUGAGGAUGGCCGACAUGUGCUGAUACCAGUACAUACAAUCUUGUCCCAGAAACAAUCUAAUGCCGGUACUACAACUACCACCACCACCACCACCACCUCCAUCUCCUCCUCACAGCCGGCAAACAAACCCAAGAAAACUGGCUCUCUUGCACUCUUCUUUAGAAAGAUGUACCACUUGGCCAGUGUGAGGCUGAGAGAUCUAUGUGAUCGCCUACAAGUAGACGACGAAGAUCUCCGACAGAAGAUGUGGACCUGUUUUGAGCACACGCUUGUCCACCAUACAGAUUUAAUGAUGGACCGACACAUCGACCAGAUGAUCAUGUGUGCAAUAUAUGUGAUGGCCAAGGUGACCGAUCACCCUCAGUCUUUCCAAAAUAUCAUGAAGUGCUAUAGACUUCAACCCCAGGCACAAAGUCAUGUGUAUCGCAGUGUGCUGAUCAGUGGGAGACGGAGACGAACCUCGGGCAGCAGUGAUAGCAGUAAAAAUGGAACCAGCGGCUCGUCCUCACCAGUUCCAGAAAUCAAGGAAGAAGUGACCACAAAAAGAAAAUCUGGCGAAAUACGGUCAUCAAGUACCUUGCCUGUACCUCACCCAAGUAGCCACCCUCCCACACCUACACGCUUACUCUCGACAGGGCCAGGCUUUGACUUAGGGGAGGAGCGAGGAGAUCUCAUCAUGUUCUACAACAUGGUUUAUGUGGGAAGCAUGAAGAAAUUUGCCAUGAAGUUUUCUUCACAAAGUCAUUCUGAGGACUGUCCACCACUGUCACCUCUGCCGAUGUCCAAGGUCCACCCUUCAUCUCCACGACGGGUGUCUGGUAACCACUGUGUGUAUAUAUCCCCCCACAAACUCACCAACAGUUUGCCCAGUGAGAGGAUGUUAUACUGCUUUCAGAGGAGUCCAGCAAAGGACUUGCGUGCAAUAAACAGAAUGAUAAAGAUGAAAGAGAAGAAUACAUCUUUCCUCGGCAAGAGAAUUCUUAAUGUUGAUAAAGACAAUGAAGGACCUAGUCCAGCCAAACAGAUGUAUCAGGGUAUCUCGUUAAUGCGACGUCUUCAGAACCUCAACAGUGACCGACAGGAAAAUGCCCAGUGAUCUACUGCAGUAGACUGACAGGAGAACGCCCAGUGACCUACUGCAGUAGACUGACCGGAGAACGCCCAGUGACCUACCGCAGUAGACUGACAGGAGAUUGCCCAGUGACCUACCGCAGUAGACUGACCGGAGAACGCCCAGUGACCUACCGUAGUAGAUUGACGGGAGAACGCCCAGUGACCUACCGCCGCAGACUGACAGAAAAAUGCCUAUUGGGGAAGGAGAAAGUGCUGUGAUGAUCACAAAUUGGACACAAGCAGAUGUUGCUUUGUCUUCUGGUGAAUAUUGCUGUUCUGUAAUCUCCUUUUCUGUUCGAAUUGUCAAUUCACAGUCUCUCAUUCCUGAUAUUUCUGAGAAGGAAUUGUGUCGAGGACAGAAAUAGUGACAGAACACUUUAAACUAUUAGAAUAUCUCUAUUUUUCCUCCAGAUAUUAGAUGCCAAUCUGGAGGAAGAAUUUGGUGAAGUACUCACAAAAGUAGUACUCCAAUUUGAUCAAAAUUGUAAAUCGCAUCAGUGUUAAGCAGACCUGCUAUAGAUCUGAUUUUGUUUAUAGUGGGGACGGUAUUCUUUUGUUUAAAUUCAAUGAAAUUUUCUUCUAACAAUUAUUUUUCUGAUGAAAUUACAUCUUCCCUUGGUCAUAUUGAUGUCGACCAUGAUCCUUUCCGACAAUGCUCCGGUCCUUAACUUGGAGGAUCGUUCAAUCUGUCCUUAAGUGUAAGGAUUUGUCCAACUUUAGGAGGUAUCAAGGUUUUUUUCUGAUUUGCAUGAUCAGUAUAUUUGUUUUAUUGUGGUAUGUUCUCCUAUUUUGAUCUCUUUUAUUGACCAUUAUUUUGUGGUUGUUAUAAUUUGUAGAUGUAUAUAUGUAAAAAUGAAAUUUUGUACAUAUCUGACCUGUACAUUUUGAUGACUGACUAUAUAUAUAUUUACACACACAAUCCCUUUAAACUAGUGUGGUGCAAGAUGCACAAUGACUGUGAUAUAAACUAAAAUUUUAAUGGGAGUUUUGAUAAUGAUAUAUUGUAUAAUUUAAUUUUUAAGAAUUCACUUAUUGAACUACGUACUGAAGACGUGUUUGUAGAUUUAUAUACAUUUACUUGACCACUGGAUGGCAAGUGAGCGAAUCCGAGAGUGACGAAGCUUACUCAAAAUUGUAAAUAGUCUAGGGUACCACCCUAUAUCCAAGAAAGGUAUAGGUAAGUGGUUCAAGUUUAAUUUUAUUUUUUAAGAGAUUAUUGUUUAGAGGACAGUGCAAGUAUAGUGUACUUCCAUACCAUGUCUGAUGAUGUCAAUGAUGCAUUUAAGUCCAACUUUAAAAAAGAAAAAAUCUAAUUUGUUGUCCAAUAUGAAGCUCAAAUAUCUCAUUUAGUAAUUGAAAGACGGAAAAAAUUCAACGUUUGUAGGUAUUUUGCUCACAUCUUGUUUUCUUUAAGGGGAUGAUUGAUAAUAGUAUGCAUUUUUUUAAACGUGUGCAAUAUAUUUGAAAAUACGAAUGGUUUUGAUUUGAUUCAUUGUGCAGCUGAAUGGAAUAUGCAUGCUAAAAACACAAAUAACAGGAAACAGUUGGAGGUAAAAAAUACAUUGAUGAAUAGAAUAAUCCUCCAAUUGUAUAUAUAUUUGUAUCAAAACCUGUUUUUUGACUGGAGAUAUGUCAAAUAAUUAUAAAUUACGUAUUAAUUAUCACUUUGUGUACUGCUUUCGGUGUACAUCCGAUACCUGUUUUUAUACCUGGGUAGCAAGUCUAUCUCAUGUCCAAUGCCAGGGAAUGAACUCUUUUAUACUUGAUAUUCUACAGCAGUAAGAACGCUUUUUAAGAACCAGUUUGUUUUAUUUUGAUAAUUUUAAAAUACAUGUAUAGUGCUUUUACACUUUAUUUGAAGAGAAAAGAAUUCUCUUCUUAUCGGUAUGUAUUAUAGAUAAUGAAAAUUGUUAUGAUAGGGCUUCUUGGAUUACAUUAACACGAUCUAUUGGUUGACCUUUUCAGUAAAUAACUUCAGACAGAUAUUCAUUGUUUAGUAUUUUCUAGAGUUUAUACAUAUAAUUCUUCCAAAUUUCUGAAGUUAAAUGUGAUUUGAAUGAAAUAAUAGGCCUUCUACUGGAUAAGGAUGUUGGUCUUUGCACCUGCGAAUUUCACGGAAGAAUCUUUAGUUGCCUAGUGUUAGACGCUAUUGUCAUGCACAUCGCCCCAGCAAAGUGGAAACACUUGAAUAGACACACUCAAAAGGAAAGUUUGAAAAACGGAAAUUUGUAUUGAUUUAAUUUGGAAGACUUUUCUGUAAAACUUCCAGACUAACACACGCGCUGUACACUUUACGUUACUCACAGAGCUUAAUCAUGUAAAACACCUACAUUGAUAUAAUUUCUUGAUGUAUGUAGUAGGUUUAAGUUUACAAGACAGACUUAACAAAGUCCAUGUUCACUGAAGUUCUGUCGACUAUUUCUUCACUUUUGUGACCUUGGUUUCAGGUCUUUCUAUUUUUGAUCAUGUUUUUAAUGUUGCCAAAUAAUACAUGCCACUUUGUUUUACUGUACAUAGUUUGUGUUGGUAAAAUAGUAUACAGGAAAUUGUAUGGAAGGCUCUAUUGAAUUGUGAAACAAAAUGAUGAUAUUGUAGUCAAAAAUAAAAAUAUGUUUCAACAUCUAU